CUUCAUUCGUUGGGAUAGUAAACGGCGUCGGUGUGUUCUAAUUAAUUGAAUUGCAACUGCAUGUGACGUAUUUCCAUAUUUUCGCGGAAUUCAAAAACGUUCAAAGGGAAUAGGAAUUUAACUGUGAAUUUUUGACAUUAAAGGGAAGAACCCAUGAGCGUUAUUUUGAUACGGUGAAGCGAAGACCGAGGAAGGAAUUGUAUAGGUUAUAUAAAAGAGUUAAACAUGUCGCAAGAAGAUGUUUUCAAUGAGAAAGAGGAUUCUCAGGCAAACAACGCGCUUCUUUUCUGGCUUGCUAUCACAAAAAGUUUCAAAAACAUUUCUGAAUCUGUCAGUAAAGAAGACUUUCUCGAGUUAUUGACUAUCGUUAAGAAACAGUCGUCCUCUUCUGUCUGCCGUAAAUUGCACAAAGCUAUGAUUGAUGAAUUGUUCAAGAAAAUGAAUAACGAAUUGGAGGAAAUAUAUCAAGAGGGUUCAUUGGAAGCUGGAUUGAAGAAACUUUCCAAAUUGUCAAAAGAAGCAGUAAAUUCAACGAACGAUGAAACUGUUGUUUGGAGACCACCCGGAAAUAUUGAAUCACACUUGAGAUCGCUAGAUGUUGAAAAGAUAAAGGCGGAAAACGAGAAAUUAGAGAAAUGGUUGAUCGAAAAAGAGAAUGAAAAUGCUAUCCUAAUGAAGAAACUCACAGAUGAUAGAGCCAAAAUAUGUGCUAUUAAUGACAGAGUAGCAAAGGUUUUACACAGAGCUCCUAUUAUUCAAGAAUGGUUGGAAAAUCAAGUAGGGGAGAUGCAACAUUUGCUUCAAGUACUCGAAGGAGAUUAAUUAAAUGAUGUUUUUCGUCGCUUUGUUUGGAAAUACGAAACAAAAGGAUAUUCCACUCAAAUUCUGACAGAAAAAGUACGAAGACAGAGAGGUAAUUUUCCUAACCGUGGAAUGAUUUAGAAUCUGAUCAAGGAAAAAGGUCGUUUAUGGUAUGACGAUAAACGGGAGACUUUGGAAUAUAUUAAAAAUGGGAUUGGUAGAAGUACUCGAUUAUAUAUUUAAAUAUUUUUUAUAUAUUUAAAUAUUUAUGGCGAUACUGAUUUAUGGAUCAUAUAUUCGGAGAUAAUAGGUCAUUUUUAUUACCAUAGUAAAAGAAAAUGAUUUUAUAUUUUUUUAUUUUAUACAUGUUAGUUGAUUUG